GUCGACGGUUCCAAGCCAGUUGUUAUUGACUUCUGGGCAACAUGGUAUAGCCUAUGCAAGAUGAUUGGACCUGUCUUCAAGAAACUUUCAGAAAAGCCUGAAUUCGCUAGCGUUUACUUCUACACUGUCGACGGCGACGACCAACCCGAUAUCCUGGAUGAACUCCAAGUAUCUUCAAUGCCUACUUUCAUUGCGUUCAAGGAUGAAAAAAAGCUAGGGACAUCGCUGGGUGCCAUUCCCAAGAACCUUCUUGUAUGA